AUUAAAGCAAUAGCCUGGUUUCCUUAUUGGGAACCGGAGUGACAGACGGGUUAUUUAUCACCCUGUGAUGUCACUGGGGUUUUGAGGAAGAGAGCAGAGGCACACAGAUAAAGCAGUCAGAGAGGGUGAAGCACUUGUAUUCUCCUCAGUCAUUUUUACUUUGCGAAAAAGAAAUAUACCAGAGUGAAGAAACCCAAAGGACAGAGAGAUAACUGAGAACAAUACCAGAGAUAGACCAGAAUAUUAACAGACAGAAGAUAGCCAAGCACCUUAAGGAUCUCUUAGAAUUCAAGAGGUGCUCCCAGAUAACUCGGGGAACCCAUUAGGACCCGGAGCUCAGGUACAACAGAUAGCAUCACACACAAAGAUAAUGAUGAGAUGAAAGGUAAUUCCACUCAGGGCUAGUUGACUUCAGACAUUCCACAGAUAUGCCUCUUCAAGUUAAGGUGUCUUUUGCCAAGACUAAAGGGAAUGCCACCUUUCCUUGCAAAAACUGCAAUUAUGUGACAAAACACAAAAUUCUUCUACAGAGGCACCUAAGGCGAUGUCUCCCCAAGGGUAGCGAGGGCAGUAAUAAAGGAGGCGUGAAAGAACCCAGUCGCAAGCCUUUUGUGCGUCAGUAUACCUGCCACUGUGCCUUUUCAACCAAAAAAUCCAAGUUGUUUCUUAUUCACCAGAAGGAUGCCCAUGGAGAGGACUUUCCUAUUUAUGCCUGUGAUAUUUGCGAAUAUGCAUCAAGAUACAAAGACAAGGUGUUUAGACAUAGGAGUAUGAUUCAUAAAAAUAGCUCACCUCCGUCUGGUGAUCUCUUAUUGGAUCCUGGAUCAGGGGCAGCAAACCAUGCAAUAAAAUCUCAGGGAGAGUCAACCAAUCAUGGGCCUUCACCACCUUCUGCAACAGUGACACCUCCUAGUGAGAAACGGUCCCGUCGAAAACCUGCAGUUGUAAGACGAAUUAGUCAGACAACUCGUAAAAUGGAACAUGAGAUUGAGGCAGAGACAGGGGAUGUUUUGGAUGUGGAGGCUGCUAUCGCUGAGAAUGAAGAAUUUGAUGAUGAGGAAUUUUUGGUGGCCCAAAUGGAGAGCCCCAGUGAUGAUCAUGAGAAUGAUGCAGACGAUGACGAGGAUGCCACUAAGCAAAAUGGUGUCAAGCAUACUUCAUCAUCCACUUCCACUGCAAAUGUAACAAGUGAUCCUGAAGUUACCUCAAAACUGCAGGAACUUGUGAUCGAUGGCUGCGUGCAGUGGAAGUGCAUUCUCUGUACAUACACCCAUGCGACUCGCUAUAAAGUUGCUAGGCAUGUCAAGCAGGUUCACCUCAGCGCCAAGACUUAUUCUUGCCAGUUUUGUAGCUUUUCCACACAAAAGAGAAUUGAUUUUGUCCUCCACAAAGCCAAGCAUUCCAACAAGCAGACUUACCAGUGUCAGGAGUGCCAGUACUCCACCACGCUAAGGGCUAACCUGGACCGCCAUAUGUUGAACCAUGGUGGCUCAGGUCCUUUCAAGUGUAACCUGUGUAGCUACACUGCUCAAAGUCUGGGAAGAAUAAGGGCACACGAGGCCUGUUACCACAGUGACCAGGGGUCUGCAGAUGAGCAAGAUAGCCUGUCAGAUUCACCUGCUAAUUUGGUGAUUGAUGAGCAAGGGCCAUUGGUGAUUGAUGAAGAUGCUAACAGCAUGGAGAUGGAUGAGAACGAAAAUUCCACCAGUUCUUGCAUCUGUAUUGUGUGUGGGUACAAAGCACGUUGUCCUGCUAAGUUACAGGAUCAUCUGCUUUCUCACAUGAAUGAUGCAGAAUACACGUGUGAUCUGUGCGAGUUGCGUUACAAGCGCUCCUCAGACCUUAACCGCCACAUGAAGAAGAAACACGGUGUCCGUCUCAAGGAUUAUAUCACUCAUAAGCGUCGCCUAGAAGACACUGGUUUCAAUGACGACACUGAUGACACUGGUGAUGGUGAUGGAUCCGGAUCUGGGGCACCACUCAAUCUCUCUGCCAAAGUGCCUCGUCUUGACGGUGCCUCUUCAUCAGAAGACCAGCCCCUAGAUCUUUCCAUGAAGACCUCCCCCUCCAGUACCCCAUUGAAGUCAGUUUUGCACCAGCCUAUGUUGAACCUCAAGUGCAGCCAUUGUUCCUACAUGGCAAAAUGGCCAAGUGACCUUAGACGCCACCUGAAGGUCCAUUCCAUUGACAAACGUUUCAAGUGCAUGUUCUGCUGGAAGAGAUACAAAUACCAGGGAGAUGUUAAUGCUCAUAUGAAGAAGACCCACAAUUACUAUGCCACUGGGAAGAGUGGCAGUAAAACUGUGCUAGCAGACACCACUGAUGACACCACCGGCACCACAGCUACCACUACCUCAGUGCCCAGUGGUGCCACCACCAGUACUCCCAAUGCCUCAUCCUCCUCAGGCAGCUACAUUUGUCCCGAGUGUGGAUACGUGGCAGUGUACCAAUCAGCUCUGGAACGCCACAUGCGUCUCCACACAGGAGAGAAGCCGUACCAGUGCACAUACUGCAGUUAUGCCACCAGCUGGCGUGGAGANAACUUUGAUUACUCAGGGCUAGUUGACUUCAGACAUUCCACAGAUAUGCCUCUUCAAGUUAAGGUGUCUUUUGCCAAGACUAAAGGGAAUGCCACCUUUCCUUGCAAAAACUGCAAUUAUGUGACAAAACACAAAAUUCUUCUACAGAGGCACCUAAGGCGAUGUCUCCCUAAGGGUAGUGAGGGCAGUAAUAAAGGAGGCGUGAAAGAACCCAGUCGCAAGCCUUUUGUGCGUCAGUAUACCUGCCACUGUGCCUUUUCAACCAAAAAAUCCAAGUUGUUUCUUAUUCACCAGAAGGAUGCCCAUGGAGAGGACUUUCCUAUUUAUGCCUGUGAUAUUUGUGAAUAUGCAUCAAGAUACAAAGACAAGGUGUUUAGACAUAGGAGUAUGAUUCAUAAAAACAGCUCACCUCCGUCUGGUGAUCUCUUAUUGGAUCCUGGAUCAGGGGCAGCAAACCAUGCAAUAAAAUCUCAGGGAGAGUCAACCAAUCAUGGGCCUUCACCACCUUCUGCAACAGUGACACCUCCUAGUGAGAAACGGUCCCGUCGAAAACCUGCAGUUGUAAGACGAAUUAGUCAGACAACUCGUAAAAUGGAACAUGAGAUUGAGGCAGAGACAGGGGAUGUUUUGGAUGUGGAGGCUGCUAUCGCUGAGAAUGAAGAAUUUGAUGAUGAGGAAUUUUUGGUGGCCCAAAUGGAGAGCCCCAGUGAUGAUCAUGAGAAUGAUGCAGACGAUGACGAGGAUGCCACUAAACAAAAUGGUGUCAAGCAUACUUCAUCAUCCACUUCCACUGCAAAUGUAACAAGUGAUCCUGAAGUUACCUCAAAACUGCAGGAACUUGUGAUCGAUGGCUGCGUGCAGUGGAAAUGCAUUCUCUGUACAUACACCCAUGCCACUCGCUAUAAAGUUGCUAGGCAUGUCAAGCAGGUUCACCUCAGCGCCAAGACUUAUUCUUGCCAGUUUUGUAGCUUUUCCACACAAAAGAGAAUUGAUUUUGUCCUCCACAAAGCCAAGCAUUCCAACAAGCAGACUUACCAGUGUCAGGAGUGCCAGUACUCCACCACGCUAAGGGCUAACCUGGACCGUCAUAUGUUGAACCAUGGUGGCUCAGGCCCUUUCAAGUGUAACCUGUGUAGCUACACUGCUCAAAGUCUGGGAAGAAUAAGGGCACACGAGGCCUGUUACCACAGUGACCAGGGGUCUGCAGAUGAGCAAGAUAGCCUGUCAGAUUCACCUGCUAAUUUGGUGAUUGAUGAGCAAGGGCCGUUGGUGAUUGAUGAAGAUGCUAACAGCAUGGAGAUGGAUGAGAACGAAAAUUCCACCAGUUCUUGCAUCUGUAUUGUGUGUGGGUACAAAGCACGUUGUCCUGCUAAAUUACAGGAUCAUCUGCUUUCUCACAUGAAUGAUGCAGAAUACACUUGUGAUCUGUGCGAGUUGCGUUACAAGCGCUCCUCAGACCUUAACCGCCACAUGAAGAAGAAACACGGUGUCCGUCUCAAGGAUUAUAUCACUCAUAAGCGUCGCCUGGAAGACACUGGUUUCAAUGACGACACUGAUGACACUGGUGAUGGUGAUGGAUCCGGAUCUGGGGCACCACUCAAUCUCUCUGCCAAAGUGCCUCGUCUUGACGGUGCCUCUUCAUCAGAAGACCAGCCCCUAGAUCUUUCCAUGAAGACCUCUCCCUCCAGUACCCCACUGAAGUCAGUUUUGCACCAGCCUAUGUUGAACCUCAAGUGCAGCCAUUGUUCCUACAUGGCAAAAUGGCCAAGUGACCUUAGACGCCACCUGAAGGUCCAUUCCAUUGACAAACGUUUCAAGUGCAUGUUCUGCUGGAAGAGAUACAAAUACCAGGGAGACGUUAAUGCUCAUAUGAAGAAGACCCACAAUUACUAUGCCACUGGGAAGAGUGGCAGUAAAACUGUGCUAGCAGACACCACUGAUGACACCACCGGCACCACAGCUACCACUACCUCAGUGCCCAGUGGUGCCACCACCAGUACUCCCAAUGCCUCAUCCUCCUCAGGCAGCUACAUUUGUCCCGAGUGUGGAUACGUGGCAGUGUACCAAUCAGCUCUGGAACGCCACAUGCGUCUCCACACAGGAGAGAAGCCGUACCAGUGCACAUACUGCAGUUAUGCCACCAGCUGGCGUGGGGACCUCAAGCGCCAUUUUGAAAAGCAUCAUCAAGAGGACAUGACUGUUUCCAUUGAUGUUGCCAUGGCACAAGUGGAGCAGAAGAUCAUCAAUGAGAAGCUGCUGAACCCACAGAAUGGAACCCUCAGAAUGAAUAAUGUGAGCAGUGAUAACAUGAGUGGGGGUUCUGUGAGUCACGAGACCACCCCCUCUACCUCCACAGCAGAUUCUACAAAUGCAGGGGAGAUUAAGUGCCCAAUGUGUCCAUACACUGCGAGGGCACCCUCAAAGAUGAAGGCUCAUAUAGCCAUCCAUGAGAACCUGAAAAUGUUUAAGUGCCCAGAAUGUGGUCAGAGGGCCAACUGGAAAUGGGACAUCCAGAAACACAUGAGAAAAGAGCACCCUGACCGUGAUGUGCAGGAUGUCAUACAGCUGACAGAAGAGGAAGCCCGUGCCACUCUGACAGAUUAUCUAGAAUCUGUGGCAAACCGUGACUAUGCGCGAGCAGCUGGGAAUCGUUCCUAUGCAAACCAGCCUGUGGGAAGUCAACCACGACCCUAUCGAUGCUCACUGUGUGAACGGAAGUCCAGAUGGAAAUGGGACAUAGCAAAGCACAUCCAGAGCUCUCACCCUGGAGAUGAGGAUGCAGUUGUUUUAGAGGAAAAUGAAGAUGGCAGCAUGAUUCCAGUUGAUGUUGAUCUAGACAUGGAGACCAGUGUGGAUGCCCAGACUGCUCUGGAAACCAUGUCCAAUAUGUCUGAUGCCUCCUAUAACAGCAGCACUGUGGAACUCUCUGAACAUCAAGAUCAAGCCUCAGUGAAUUCCUUUGACACUUCUUACUCUAAUGAGCUAACACCAAGCAAAUUCAGUGGCUACUCUACCCCAUCUUCAAAGUCUGGUAGUCAUCCAACAGGGGACGAGAGGCCACUGAGGUGCUCUAUUUGCAACAGAAGGUCAAAUUGGAAAUGGGAUUUGAAAAAGCACAUUGAGAAGCAGCAUCCUGGCCAAGAGGGUGAAGUGAUUGAUGAUCGCCCAGCUCCAAAAGACAACCGCACUCCUGAUAGCACACCAGGAAAGGGUAAACAGGUAGCUCAGAAUGUUGACCCAAACACAAUGGAAGAUCUUAGACCAUAUAAGUGCUCCAAGUGCAGUCGGAGAUCCAACUGGAACAGCGACAUCAACCGUCAUAUAAGGAUGCGUCACCCAGGAACCGAUGCCCAUGUGGUAAAGUUAUGGGAUAAGGCUAAAUUGUACCCAGCUCCCAGUCAUAGUAAUAGCCCCAGUCAAGUGGGUCGAGGGAAUGAUAAUGACAGCCCAUCCGUGGUGGUUGAUCGGCGACCCUUUAAGUGUUCACUAUGCUCUAGGAGAUCAAACUGGAAAUGGGAUCUGAACAAGCAUAUUCGUCUUGUGCACCAAGGCACUGAUGCCUAUGUAAUAGAAGUGUACAAGCAAGGGGAGACUAAUUCUGAUGAUAAUGAAAAUUCUAUGAAUGGGAGUAGUACUGGGAGCCUGGACUUAUCAAGCUCAAUGAAUAGUGGUACCACAGACCCUCCUGUACUUAUCCCAGAACCCAACUUAAAUCUUCCAAAAAACUUGGAUGCGACUGCUGACAGCCCGCCUGAGAUAGAAAUUGAACGUGCUGCAGAUGAUUCACCAUCAGCCUCUAACACGGAGCUGGGAAAUUUUCGUAUUUUCAAGUGCUCCAUUUGCAGUCAGCAGUCGAGAUGGAUAACUGUUAUUAAGAGGCAUAUUGCAGCAAAACACCCCCAUGCACACAUGAUCAGAAUUCCUCCAAAAAUGGAAGCUGUGAAGAAGCCACAAGUUUAUGUAUCCCAGAAUGCACAAACCAGACCCAGGUUUCUUUCCAAACCUUCACCACUGCCUGUUGCAUCAGGUGGUCAUCAUAGCAACAAAGGAUCUGAAUCAUCACCAGUGAAAGCAGAAGUACACAUAAUAGGAGAUGAUGAUAAAGACCAGCGUCCAUUUAAAUGUUCCCUCUGUGGAAAACGCUCCAACUGGAAAUGGGAUCUGAACAAACACAUUCGUGUUCUCCACCCAAAUUCCAAUGCCUAUGUUAUCGAGCAGCAUGACCUACAGUCCAAGUCAAAAAUUGCAUAUCUCAACCAACAUGACAUACACAACACUAAGCGGUUUCGAUGCUCUUCCUGCAUCUACAGGUCCAACUGGCGCAGUGACAUUGUGAGACACAUUCGCAGGCGGCACAAGGGGAAAGGUUCCAUACAAGUGAUGAGCCAGAAAGAGGCUGCCAACUCUUUGGCAGACUACUGCCAGAUUGCCAGGAGGAAAUUCAGCUUGCCUGCUGCACUAGCAGCUCAGGCAGCCCUGAAUGACUCCAAGAAAGAGAACACUGCGUCUUCGCCAGAUCCAAAUAAAAAGGCAAGAGUAUGGAAGUGUGCAAGGUGCUCCUUCAAGAACACCCACCGUGAGGUUGUUAUAGACCAUGUGAAAAUGCAUGCUGCACAGUUCAAGCAGUGGAAAUGUUCAUCUUGCAGCUUUGCAUCAGUCUUCAGAAAUUCUGUACGUAGACAUAUUCGUAAGAAGCACAGCAGUGAUCCCUCUGUUUCUGUCAUAGCAAACCCAAAUUUUACAGGAGAAAGAAAAGCUGUGCAGGUGUCAGGAGAAACGAAAGAGGCUGACAGUAUGACAACAUCCUCACCAGAGCAAGGGGGCCAGGGGCAAGGACUCCCAUCUUUGAGUCAGCGUAGUUUUCGUUGUAAGCUCUGUGGCCAUGCUUCCAAUUGGAAAAAUGCCAUUUUCCGCCACCUGAGAGAGAAACACAAGAUUCAAGACUAUCAGCAUUGUGAGGAAGGGAACUUUGAAGUUCUGCUUACAAGAAUGAACAGAGCUAUUUCCACAGAUUUCUUGAGUCCUGAUACGCCCAUACCACAAAAUCAAUCUCUCACCUCACCAAAGCCACUACCCAUUGAUUCAAGUCCUGCCAAGCCUGUAAUCAGACACAAAAAAUACCAAUGCAACAUUUGUCCGUAUCGUUCUGAUAAGAAAAACCUUUUUAAGAUGCACAGGACCCACCACAAACCCAGUGCCUUGAACAACCACAAGUGCAAAUACUGCCCGUACUAUGUUUGUGUCCCCCGUCUACUUAUACAGCACCACCGAAUGCACCAGGCAGCAAAGGUAGAACAUAUUCAGCAUAUUGUUCCUGCAGUGAAGCAUCCCAGCCCUCCAAAGAAACAACGCACCACAAGUGUCUCAACGGGUGGUGACAAGAGGUACAAGUGUAACGUGUGUCCGUACAACACCAACUCAAGGCAUGACUUUCUGUACCACAAACAGUUUCACAGGCCCAAGCCAACGGCUCCUUUUAAAUGCCAGUACUGUAAUUACUGGGUCAGCCGAAAGAGAUUGCUGCGACAACAUAUGAAGUACCAUAUACAGUUUGGGGAUGUGGAAGAUGUCAAGGCUUCGGGCCCCUCUGAUCAGGAGUAUGAAGAAUCCCUGUGUGAGUCCUAUGCUGAGAUGGAUGUAGUUGAGGCUGCUGGAUACAAGCAUGACAUUAUUAGCUCACGUGUUUUGAGCGUGCCCCUGCGUUCCAACCAAGCUGGCCCAGAGUUAGAAAUGAAGAUUGAAAAGAUUGAGCCUGUUGUUCACAGCAAUAGUAGUAGUAGUAGUGUUACACCUGCUGCUAAAACCUCAGGGAAGCUGCAUAAGUGCAAGUACUGCCCGUACACUAACGUUCGUAGCGUGAAUCUUCGCAUGCAUGAAGGAAUGCAUGGGUAUCGUGAAGGUGCUAUGAAGUGCCAGCACUGUGACUAUCAUUGUGGAAACAAGGGGCUGAUGACCCACCAUGUGAAGGUACACACAUCUCAGUUUAAUCCUGAAACUGAUAUAGAUCCGGCUGCAGAGGAAGCAGAAAAAGCUGCCUCUCAUUCCAAACCACCACUCACAAAGGAGGAGGUUGAGGAACUGCAUGCUAAUAUUGCCAACAACCCAGACGCAGUUGCUCAUGCUGGAUUCAACUUACGCUACAAUGACCCUACCGGUGAACACAUCCUAGAACAUGCAAAAUACAAGAAAUGGUGUUGUGAAAAGUGCCCAUAUGCCACCACCAAACGAGGUCAGUUUGAGCGCCAUAUCAGUCUCCAUGGAAGCAAGCAGCGUUACCUUUGUGAGUACUGUGAUUACAGCGUCCCAGGAUACAACCUGUUGCUGCAGCAUAGAAAGCUGCAUUUGUUGCCCAAUCAGAACUUGCUGGCUGUCCAAUCCAUCACCAACUUGCAACAUCUCCCACAGAUGCCUGCCGACAUUCUGGUCGCCAGCACCUUAGAUCCCGGGGAUGCUGCAACUGGGCCUGGUGGCGUACACGAUUCAUGGGAUCUUCUAGAAAACAAAUUGGAUGAUGUCCUGGAACCAAAGAAACUGUAUAAGUGUGAUAGAUGCCCAUAUACUAACAUACGACGAGAUAACUUACUGACUCACCUGAAGUUCCACAUGAUACACAGUGAACUCAAGUGCCCCUAUUGUGACUACAGUGUUAGCAAGACGCAUCUGCUUAACCAGCAUAUCAAGGUGCAUUUUAACUUCAACAACAUAGAAUCCAAGGAAAAGAAUGACCAGGAUGAUGAAGACGCCCUUGAUGAUACAAGCGCUGUUGACAUGAGCCAGUCGGUCAAAGCAGAACCAGAGUUCAUUGACAUUUCAGAGUACAGUAAAGCAAUGAACUUGACCAAAACUUGUGAUGCUGCUGACAACACCAAUGACAAUGAAUUCAUCCCCGUUGAAAAAAUCCCAAUCCCAGAAAAACCAAAGCAAAGAGUGGCACCUACUGUGGAAGAUAAACCUAUUGGUGCAGCAGCUGUGUUUCAGAAUCUCAGUAAACCUCCUGUAGAUGGCGUAAAAAAGGAAGACAAGCUGGAGGGCCUUGAGACCAUGUGGAUAUGUCAGUAUUGUGACCGUGCUUUUCCUGCUUCUGAGCAACUUCUAAGACAUGAAAUGCAGCAUCUUGUAGGCAAUAAAUUCUAA